GCCGCACAGUGCUGCUGUCAGUGUGCAGAGUGGAGGAGGGGACCGACGGCAUGCCUCAGCUCCGGGAAUAUAUAUCUCUCCUCAAUCUGUUUCUAUUAAGCGCGCAGUUUUUUCUCCUCCCUUAGUACUUACUGUUCACCUUGAGUUGUGUCAUUUAUUUAGGAAACGGCGAUAAGGAAAGCCAGCUGUGCGUCAUGGUGCGUUUUUGCGCAUAAUUUCUGGAUCUUUAAAAAAGGCUCACGCUGCAAAGUCAAAUGCUGGAUCUAUAUGUCAGUACCCAUUUUUGGCUGUAAAAAUGCUGAGUGGCGUCUUCUUGCUGAGCGUCCUUACGGUCACCAGCCUGUCACCGUUGGAAACAGAGAGCCGUAAAACUUCACCCUCUAAAGAGAUCUGCAAGACCCGCUGCGCCUGUGAGGAACGGGAGAACAUUCUGAAUAUCAAUUGUGAGAAUAAAGGAUUCACCACUGUUGGUCAGUUCCAGGCACCCCCAAAUAAAAUCUCUCAGCUUUUUCUAAAUGGAAACUUCCUGUCACGGCUCAGCGCCAAUGAAUUUGUAAAUUAUGACAAUGUCACCUCACUGCAUCUGGGGAAUAACGGCUUGCAGGAGAUCCGGACCGGCGCUUUCAAUGGACUGCGAUUCCUGAAGCGACUCCACUUGAACAAUAACAACCUGGAGGUGAUUAAAGAGGACACCUUUGCAGGACUGGAGAGUUUGGAGUAUUUACAGGCAGACUAUAAUUAUAUCAGCUCCAUAGAGCCAGGGGCCUUUAGUAAGCUGAAUAAGCUAAAAGUGUUGAUACUAAAUGACAACCUGCUCUUGUCUUUGCCUCCCAACAUAUUCCGCUUUGUGCUCCUCACCCAUUUGGAUUUACGUGGCAACCGACUAAAGAUGCUGCCGUUUGCUGGUGUUUUAGAGCACAUAGGAGGCAUCAUGGAGAUCCAGCUUGAGGAAAACCCCUGGAAUUGCACCUGUGAUCUGAUCCCUCUCAAAUCUUGGUUGGACACUAUUUCUGUCUUUGUGGGGGACAUAGUGUGUGAGACGCCGUUCAGGCUGCACGGUAAAGACAUCACGCAGCUCAUAAAGCAGGAUCUGUGCCCUCGCAGGAAUGCCGGGGAGCGCCUUCACCCCCCCUCCGACUCUCACUUUCAAGGGGCCCUGCUUCCGACCUACCACCCUGCCAUGAUCACCCCCACCCGUGCACCAAAAGCCUCCCGCCCGCCCAAAAUGCGCUACAGGCCCACACCGCGUAUCUCAAAGGACAAACAUGUCUUUGGACCUAUAAUGGUUUACCAGACACGGUCCCCUGUACCCAUGUUAUGUCCCACUGUUUGUGUGUGCACGUCACAAAACCCUGACAGCGGAUUGAACAUCAAUUGCCAAGAACGUAAGUUGCAUAACAUCAGUGAGCUGAACCCCAAGCCUUCCUACCCAAAGAAACUCCACCUGACCGGUAACUACUUACAAGUAAUUUACAGAACUGAUCUUACGGAGUACAGCUCGCUGGAGCUGCUUCAUUUAGGAAAUAACAGGAUAGCAGUGAUUCAGGAAGGUGCAUUUGAGAAUCUAACCAACCUCAGACGGCUCUACCUGAAUGGGAAUUACAUAGAAUCACUUACACAAUCACUCUUUGCUGGCCUGCAGUCACUCCAGUAUCUAUAUUUGGAAUAUAACAUCAUCAAAGACAUUUUACCACAAACAUUUAACUCUCUGCAUAACCUGCAGCUGCUUUUUCUUAACAACAACCUGUUAAGAUCGCUCCCUGACAAUGUUUUUGGGGGCACAAUGCUAACGCGGCUCAACUUGAGGAAUAACCAUUUCUCCUACCUUGCGGUUCGAGGGGUCCUUGACCAGCUUUCAGCAUUUAUCCAGAUUGACCUUCAGGAGAACCCCUGGGACUGCACAUGUGAUAUUGUUGCACUCAAGAACUGGAUGGAACUGUCCAGUACCAGCGUAGUGGUUAAUGAAAUCACAUGUGAUUCGCCCUCUAAACAUGCGGGUCGCCUGUUGCGCUCACUUCGCAAUGAGGCCAUCUGCCCUGAUCCCCGCGAGGUUCCCCCGCCACAAAAGGUACCCCCCACAAAAGCCCCCACAUUAAUAAGCCCUGGCAUCGAAGCCUCCACACCAUCCUCCUCUCCUUAUAGCUCAGUUAACCCUACUGAAUCCCGAAUCCAAACUCCUGAGUUACACCCUGAGGUUCCACUUUCAGUCCUGAUUCUUGGACUUCUUGUUGUUUUCAUCCUGUCGGUCUGCUUUGGGGCAGGCCUCUUUGUUUUUGUCCUGAAACGGCGAAAAGGAGUGGAACAUGUCCCUACUGGUGCUAACAACUUAGAUCUCAACUCGUUUCAAGUGCAAUAUGGCUCCUACACUCCUGAACCAACCCAAGACAAAACCACCAUUUGUAACUACAUCCCCCCACCUGUGGGCUCGAUGUGCCAAAACCCUAUUUACAUGCAGAAGGAUGGCGAACAGAUGACCUAUUACCGCAACCUGAAGGAGCUGAGCUUUGUGCCGCUGGAGACGAAGGAUGUCCUCACCCGCAGCCCAGGGGCCUACACCAUCAGCACAAUGGAUUUUAUCAAUAAAUUGCCAACAUCAUGUGGUUUGAGCACCCCCGAACUUCCUGAGAUGUUGUAUCAAAAUUUAGUAGAGAGGACCCACAAAGAGCUUCCCACGGCUGCAGGUGCCCCUCCAUUCCAUUACAACUUUUGCACUUUACCGAAGAGACCUUGCAUCGUGCCCCCCUAUGAGGCCGCUGCAGCCCGGCGGCACAUCACCAACCAGGACAGGUUAAACCAAACUGUGCUGUACGGGACUUCCAGGAAAUACUACGGGGCUGAACACCCUUCGAAAAACAAUGAGCACCCGCUUCUGCUCCCGGGGAAGCUAAAAACAGAACCAGACUACCUGGAGGUUCUGGAGAAACAGACAGCUAUGAGCCAGCUGUAAGAUGCCCCCUCUUCCAUACCUCCUCCCCCUGAUUCUGUGCACCAUUCAUAAAUAUCACACAGUUACUGUAUUAAUAUCCCUCUAUCUAUCUUAGCUAUCUGUGUUCAGUCCUACAUAAUUAACUGGAGGCGGACAAAGUCCUUUUGUAAUCGCUUCUCUCUCUUCCUUUUCUUCCCUUUCUUUGUUUUUAAGAUGUACAAAAGGAAUAUAAGAAAUAUAUUAAUAUUUAUUAUGCAGUUCAAAUUAUUUCUUUUUCGUUGAAAAAUUAAAUUACAAAAGACUUUGGCAGGUAUACAAUGGACAGGACUGUGUACAAUUUCAGCUUUUCUGCUUUUCAUGAAACUGUAUUUUAUCUUCCCUGUGAAAAUAUGACAUCACCAUUCUUUGUUGAAGAGUACAUGCUACUGAUUCCUGUAAAUACUUAGCAUACAGAGGUAUAUGGAGUGUUAAAAUAUAAAACAUAUAUUUUAAAAAUCCAACAAGCUGCAAAAUUCUCCCAUACCUGCUCAAGAAAGUGCCUUUGCACUAUUUUAUCAAUAAUGCUCUCGGCAAAAUGGAAUCGUUCCUUUUUUUAAAGUGCUGUAUUUUAAAGAAUCAAAUCUAUGUAAAAUAUAAGACUAUACAUUUUUUUUGUUUAAACAAAGUACUUGAGAAUUUAUUUGUAAGUUCAUAAUGGGGAGAAUCAUGUAAUUUUCUUUGAAUAUGAAGUUUCUUUGGGGAUGUACAAAUAUGGAGAAUAUUGUAUGCUAUAAGGAGUAAUACAGUGCGGCAAAAUUGCGCCAUUAAACUUUCACUGAAGCACUUUGUCAACAUCCUGACCUUGAGGUAAUAUUUGUUUACCCUGUGCUGUUGUGUUGGAUUGCUGUGUUCUGCUCUUCAGUGUGUCUGCUUCUGUGUGGGGGGAGCCAGAGAAAAUGAAAAUAGAGUUUGCCUGCAGCUCCUUCUUCGAUGAUUGACAGUUUUUUUUUCUUGGGCUCCUUCUAAGUUUAAGUAAAGCCAUUGUUUCCCUCUUUCUUUCCUUACACAUUAUUUCAAGUUCUUCUCCAACCCCCCCCCACCCCGUCCUGAAAAAAUCCAAUGCAUCCCUUUCAAUAUUUUGGUCAGUAUUUUUUUCGAGAGAAGAUAUCACGAGCCAACAUUUUUAAAUCGCUGCUGCUUCUCUGGCAUUGUGUUCUUCCAGGUAAAACUAUAAAAUUAAGUCUGCAACAUAAACACCAAUGACUGCUAAACACUAUUUUUUAAGGUCAAAAAUAAGUUGCAGACUGCAUAUUCUUUAUAUGUAUGUUUCUGUAUGAAUGGGUAUUUUGUGGGAAAAGCUCUCCCUUUCUUCCACUCUGUUCACCGCACCCCCGUUUUUGUCUCCCUUCUUUCUUUCCAUUUCUUUCCCUGCAUAUUCUAGUCCUCUCUGCAUUUAAAACCUGUCUUCCUCAGUGAUAUGAACAAACUGUGCUACCCACUCUAAUGCUAAUUUUGCUAAUUUUGUUUUCUGUCCUUUAACAUGGGCUCUCAGAAUGGCUUCCGAGUGGCCAUCUCCUCACUCAUUUCCCUUUUGAAUGCCCAGCACCCUCCUGUCUUUUGUCCUUGUGUUUCUUCCUCCCCAACACACUCAUAUACCACUGGAUCUGUGCUGGCUAUUGUGUAGCUGUCCAGGGUGCUGAAACGUUGUCGGCAAUCGGGCAGAAUUCCAGUCUGACAGCUGGGACCAGAAUCCCUACAUGAACCAGAUGAGUGAGUUUACUUUUUUGACAAUUAGAUUGCAAAGGCAUGUGAUCUGUGGUGUAUGUGUGAUGUGGUUAAAGGAAAUUGAAGGAUAGUUAUUGGGACAUUUUGUUGAAAAUCUUCACUCAAAACUAAUGGUCUACGGUUGAGUUUUUAAUGCAUGGAUCUGCUGGUCUUAAUCUUUGCGUUGGUCCCUGUAUGGGUCCAGCAAAGGAAUACAAUUUUUUUGGAACUGUUAAAGGAUCAUUCUGUUCUAUUUCUAAUUCAGCUUUAUUUAUUUUUCUAAUAAUAGUCAUUAUUCAUUAGAUUUAUGACUUCAGUGUACUCAGUUACGAUAAUUGAUAUGAUCAAAGUGAUAAUUGUACAAAAAUGGUGAUGUUGCUUCAUGAAACGUGAGCAAGCAAAUAAAAAAAUAUAUAAAUAAA